AUGAGGUCAGUGUGGGCCUCCCUCCCCCAAAACUGCUGGCUGCUUCUGGCGAUGCUCUUGCUUGAGGCUAUGGGCGAUGACCUAUUUGACCCCGACUGGGGGUUUGACUCAUAUGAAAUCACCGUUCCCAAAGAGCUAAACUUUAGGAAAGGGGAGCGGGAUGUGGACAGUUUUUUGUCGUACCUCUUACAGAUACAGGGCAAGGAGCAUGUUGUUCAUCUGUGGCCCAAGAAGUUUCUGUUGCCAAGACAUCUGCCGGUUUUCUCCUUUUCUCAAGAGGGCAGUCUGAUAGAGGAUUACCCAUACAUACCAAAGGAAUGCAAUUACGUGGGCUCUGUGGAAGGCACUCGGGAAUCUGGAGCUACCCUGAGUACAUGCAUGGGGGGUCUACGCGGCAUCUUGAACAUAAACUCCAGUUAUUACCAAAUCCAGCCCCUCAGGGCCUCUUCUAGUUUUGAACACGUUGUAUAUCUCCUAAGUGAGGAGGAAUUUAGCAACCAGACCUGUGGUGUGGUUGAUGAAGAAACAGAUGGGCAAACCAUCCAGGGAGAGGAAAUGGCUAGGAUAGCUACCUUCCAUAAAUCCUACAGGCACCAAAAGUACUUGGAAUUACUCAUGGUCUUUGAUUCAACUAGAUUUAUGUUUUUAAAGGGCAAUUAUACUGAAGCCAUUAAUGAUGCCAUUCUUCUAGCUUCAAUUAUAGACACCUACUUUCUUGAUGUCAGGAUGAGGGUUGUUUUAAAAGCAAUUGAAAUUUGGUCGAUGGGUGACCAAAUAUAUACUCUCUAUCCCUCUUUAUCUGACGUGUUAGGUCAAUUUGUACUGUACAAAAGAAGAUCAUUGCAUUUUCGGCUUCCCUCAGACUGGGCACAUUUAUAUAUAGGAAGAAAAUUUGAUGAUGCUUUUGCAUGGUCCUGGGGAAGAACAUGUGAAGAAUACCAUGCUGGAUCAAUAAACUCCUUACUAAGUGUAAAUAUUCUUAAACCUGCUACUUGGACUGCUCAUGAAUUGGGCCAUGCUGUGGGAAUGAAUCACGAUACAGAGCACUGUCAAUGCCGAGGUCGGAAGAACUGCGUCAUGGGUCCAGGAUAUACAGGGUUUAGCAAUUGUAGUUAUCAUCAGUAUUUUUUAUUUGUAUCUUAUAAAAUAGCACAUUGUCUAUCUGACAUCCCAGAAAGUAUUUAUUUGGUUCCGAGAUGUGGAAACAAAAUUGUUGAAGGCAAAGAGGAAUGUGACUGUGGUUCUGAAGAGGACUGCAAAAAAGACCUCUGCUGUGGACCCAACUGCAAAUGGAAAGACGGUGUCAACUGUUCCACUGGGCUUUGUUGUCAUAAAUGCAACUUCCUCCCAUCAGGGUAUGUGUGUAGGCAGGAAGAAAAUGAAUGUGACCUUGCGGAGUACUGUGAUGGGACCUCGGGUUCCUGUCCCAAGGAUUCUUACAAGCAGGAUGGAACUCCCUGCAGAUCUGGAGGACUUUGUUACAGUAAGGGAUGCAGAUCCAGGGACAUACAGUGCCAGAACAUUUUUGGACCUACUGCCAAGGAGGGUCCCCCUCAAUGUUACGAUGCAGUUAAUCUGAUAGGAGAUCAGUUUGGUAACUGUGGCAUUGAUCGGGCUCGAUUUAUAAGGUGUAAUAGGGACAAUACAGUCUGUGGCAGGCUCCAGUGUAUAGAUGUUAAAGACAUCCCCAAUUUGCCAGAUCACACUUUUAUAAUAGCCACCUAUCUGAAUAGCGAUAAUCUCAUAUGUUGGGGCACAGGCUAUCAUUAUGCCAUGAUAGCCCAUAAGAUACCUGACAUAGGUAGGAUUAAUGAUGGUUCCUUCUGUAACCCUACAGAAGUGUGUAUGAACAAAACUUGUGUUGAUUCUAGCAUCCUGAAGUAUGACUGUUUGCCUACCAAGUGCAAAGGCCGAGGUGUUUGCAAUAAUAAAAAGAACUGCCACUGCUUGUAUGGCUGGAAACCCCCAUUCUGUGAAAACGUAGGAUUUGGUGGGAGCAUUGACAGUGGACCCGCUGGACCUAGGGCAGAGGAAGAACCCUCAUCAUUUCCAUUUGUGUAUAUUAUGAUAUUGCGUGUUAUUUUAUUCAUCAUCUCAGUGAUCAUUGUGUAUUUUAGGCAAGUGAUUUCACACAAUUUAAAAUCAGCACAAAAUAAAUGCGGUUCUUGUUUGAAAACAAAUCAGUGCAUCUUCCCCCCUAGGGAUUCAUUUUCCUUUCAGUUUGGGAUCAAGCGUUGGGUUACCUGA